AGAGCAACCGAACGCGUGCAAUUAAUUACUUUUUAUAUCGGCUAAAGUUGAAAUUUGUAUUCUAGAGAAGGAAAACGAGGAAGAAAGAAGACCUUGGAAUUCGCUCAAGAAUGGCUUACGUAGAGGGAGGUGUUGUUAGAUCCAAGCGAUCUUUAUGGCGGCUAAAGACCAUCACUGACUUCUUUUGGUCCAUUGUAAAUUUGAUAAGCGUGUUCUUUGCUACCAUGUUCUCAAUGGAAAAGUCGGAUGCUUACAGGAAAGGCUCUGGUUCUAGCAAGAAAUGGGAUGGUGGCCCUGGCGGUCCUGGAAGUGGACCAUAUGGUGGCGGCCCACGUGGGCCACCCCUAGGACCGCGAGGCUUGGAUCAUGUUCGAGGGAUUGACCAUAGUUCCCUCCCUGCAUGUGGAUCAUGUUGUGGCUAGUGUGAGGUAUCUCAUCUGCAUUUUCUCAAAUGCUUCCAUUGUAAAGGUAAUUUGAAUUGAUAUGAUACAAUACCACUGUUAAUAGAUGGUCUAAGAAGGCAUGGGUAUGGACAUUAAUGUAUAUAUAUCCAUCAAUGGGAACUGAAAGGAUUUACUUAUUAUUGAUCUUUUUUAUUGCGCGCAUCGUUUUUGGCUGUUUAGUAUAAUGUAUGUGACUUCGGCUUUAAUGGUAACACAUGUAAUAUAGUCCACCGCCCAAAAAACAGAAGAAGAUUAUGUUGCCAAUUUUUAUUAUAUUAUAUAUAUAAAGUAUGAUUGUAUUCACGAGA